AUGUCUUUGCAUUCCAGCAGAACGGGGGUCUCCAAGACCCUCCUCCUCCUCCUCGGCCUCUGGGCCGCCUGUGCCAGCGCAUCUGAUGCCACAGUUUCCCAAACGUCCGUCGCCGAUGUGGAACGGCAGUCGGCAAUCGCAGCUGGCCCAUGUAUCAUCGGUGGACAAUGCAGCAUCUCCAUCAGCUUCAACGCGAACCUUCUGGGCGCCUUUUCCCCUGGCGAAUCCGUGACCGUGAACGUUGUCGACGGUGGCAUCAUGACUGCGGUGGCUUCCGUCAAGGCUCCUCUCCUCGGGGCAUCGACCCAGGGCGUCACCUUUGGUCUGCCAACCACCCUGAGCAGCCUGGCCUUCAUCGCUCUUUGCACCAACCCUCUGAACUGUCCCACCAUCUUUGAUCCUAUUUUGACUACUCCGGGCACCAGCUCCACCAGCGCCGUUGCCUCGACCUCGUCCCUGGCGCCGUCGUCCUCGUCCAGCUCGUCCUUGUCGGCUACUUCGGCCACCACCGCCGCCAGCUCUUCGACCACCUCAACCACAUCCGCCCCCACCGUCGUCUCGACAAAGUCCAACGGCAGCCCAUCGGCUUCGACCACCUCCCAAACCUCCUCAACCGCCACUCCCACCAACGCCCCCAGUGACUCGCAGGGUCCCAGCACCGGCGUGAUUCUGGGAGGUGUCGCCGGCGGCAUCGUCCUCCUUGCGAUCAUCAUUGCCAUCGGUAGCUAUUUCUACACCAAGAAGAAGUACAGCCAGCCCAAGUCACCCGGCCUACGCAACUUUGAGCUGCCCCCGCCCGCCAGCAACGCCUGGAAGCCUCUUGACGAGAAGCCCGAGUCCUAUCCCAUGGGCCAGACCAAGUACGGCUCCCAGCUGCCCGGCCCGCAGUCUGGCUAUUCGAGCGCCCCUCCGGCUGGCUACAUCCCUCCCCCGGCCACUGUCAGCUACUCGACCCAGCCUCAGUACGACUUGGGCUACAACUCUGGAUUCAGCUCCAGCUUUGGUGCAAGCGAUGUCCCCCCUCCUCCCCCGGCCAAGGUCAACACAAGCGACGCCCCGGUUGCUGGAGGCUUCCCCGUCUACGCCUCGGCUGUCCCUGUCGCAGUCACUGCCACUGUUACCGAGAGCAAGCGCAACUCAUCUCUGGCGGCCUCCGGCAAGCCCCGCAUCGUCAAGGCCAACAAGGCGGCCGACAACCCUGACGAGCUUUCGAUCGUGGCCGGCGAGACCAUCACGGUGCUCGAAUCCUUCCCUGAUGGUUGGGGUCUUGCUGUCAACUCGGCUGGACUUCGCGGUGCAGUGCCCCUGAACUUCCUGGACGAGCCUCCUGUUGCCGCCACCAACACCAAGAAAGUCCUGUGUGCUCGCCCCGCUGAGCAACCCGAUGAGAUCGAGCUGAUCCUGGGCGAGGAGGUGACGGUGCUGACCGCCUACGACGACGGUUGGGGUGUCAUCAAGACUGCCCGUGGCGAAGGCAUGGCCCCGCUCAACUUCCUGUCGUAA